AUGACGGUCAUCACGUUCACUGUCUCUGUGCUGUGCCUGCUGCCUUGCUCGGCCCUGGCCCGCUGGGCCUGCGCUCGGGCCUGUCCGCAGUCCUGUUCCUGCACGCAAGAGAAGAGCUGCAGCGUGCUGUGCGACCGCUCCGGCCUGGCCGAGCUUCCCAAAGAGUUCCCGUGCGAGGCCUCUGCCAUCAACCUGGACAAGAACCGACUCAAAUUCCUGUCGGAAAGGGCCUUCGGUACUCUGCCUUCGCUCAAGUCCCUCUCCCUGGACCACAACAACAUCUCCUUCAUCACUCCCGGAGCCUUCAAGGGCCUGUCCAACCUGGUGGAGCUGAAAAUGGCGCACAAUGAGUAUAUCAGCUACCUGCACACGCGGACGUUCACGGGUCUGAAAAAGCUGGUGCGCCUGGACCUGUCCGACUGCAAUCUCUUCAACAUCCCGGACCGCAUCUUCAUCGAGCAGACGGCGCUCAAGGAGCUGCUCUGCUUCCAGAACAAGUUUCGCAGGAUUCCCGGCGCCAUCCGGGGUAUGGAGAACCUCACCCACAUUUACCUGGAGAGGAGCAAGAUCGAGGCGGUGGCCUACAAUUCGCUGCUGGGCUUGGGCAGCCUCAAAUACUUGAACCUCCAAGAGAAUCGCAUCAACGUCAUCCACGACCAGGCCUUCCAGGACCUGGUACGACUGGAGAACUUCUACCUCAACGACAACCUACUGUCCGACCUGCCCCGGCUGGCGUUCAAGGGCCUCGGUCGUCUCAAGAUGCUCAACCUCGGCGGGAACCAGCUGACCAAUGUCUCCAGGACUUGGUUCGGCGACCUGGUGGAGCUGGAGAUCCUCUACCUGGACAGGAACCAGCUGCUUUACAUCGAAGAAGGAACCUUUGAGAAUCUGACUAGCCUGAUCACACUCCACCUGAACAGCAACAACCUCACCGCUCUGCCAUUCCCGGUGUUCCAGCCCAUCUACUUCCUGGGUCGCCUCUACCUCUUCAAGAACCCCUGGGAGUGCGACUGCUCCUUGGAAUGGCUGAAGGAAUGGAUGGAGAGCUACAAUCUCGUGCGGGACAUACCCUGCGCUUCGCCGUCGUCCGUGGCGGGGUUAGAUCUGAGCGAAGUGGUCUUCGCCAAAGUUAACGGCACGUGCGUCGACCCCGCCGAACUGAACCUGACCACCCCGUCCUCGGAGGUCGCCGCCACCACCGAGAACCGCUUCAACAGCCUCAUCUCCAAGCUACUUCAGCAGGAACUCCGCGAAGAGGCCGUCAACGGCACGGACAACUCUCGCAACGGGACGUCGCCCGAAGCCGAGGACGGGCAGCUGGUCGCGGGGGUCGGAGGGCGACUCCGCCGAACGUUGCCGUCGGCUCUCUACGUCCUCGCGGCUUGGCUCGUCAGACAUGUAGCGGACGUGUAG